AUUUUCGAAGGUAUUCGGAAAUGGUAACUGCGCGCUACGUCGUCAUCGGCGUAAUCGCGACUUUGUUGGGGAACGUCUUUAUUUUUUGUUCUGCGCAGGAAGAGUUAAUUAAAAUAUGGAAUUGGAUAUUUGUGGAGUGCCGAGAGCAAGAACCGCAAUGUUUUACAUGGUGUGUCUUCGAGAAGAUGGAAAUUGUAAAAGCCGACAAAGGCGUUCUAACCUACCAGGAGAACAGAAUGCUGGAAUGGUUGAAGUUCCCAGUAGAUAUAGAAAUACUCACACAAGAUGAAGCCAACCAAAUAGCAGCAGCGUGCACCGAACGAAUACCAAGUUCCAACAAUGCAAAUGAAGGCGCACUGUGCCAUUUCGGUGAACAAGUGAAAAAUUGCUUCACUGCAGAACUAAAUGAUAUAUUAUUAUAUCGAAAUAUGAACGAAACGGAAAGGGAAAAAAAGGAAAUCGACAAACUAAAGAAAAAAUGGGACCUUUUAAAUACUGACUGCGCCUCCAAAGCUAACGCUGAGAAUACUGAAUAUUAUGGUUGUAAGGUGCUAUGUUUGUAUAAGACCAUGGAAGUUCUAGAUAACGACAAUUUGUAUGUGGAGAGUAAAAUGCUACAAUGGAUGAAGAUUUCCAUAUUUGAUGGACUAAUCACUCAAGGCCAAGCCGUCCAAAUUGCUGCAGCAUGCAACCGCGUGAACAAUAUUGUAUAUCCCGGCUGCAAAAGAGGUGAACAAGUGGAAUUGUGCAUAGUUACAGAAACAGCUAAGGUCAAAGAAAUCGAAGCCGGAACUGAAAAUGAAACAAGAAGGGUAACGUAUUGGACAUAGCAAUCUCAAAGCACUUUACAGUACA